GUCAGUCAGCACUAAAAUGCUAUCCGGUUAGAUUUCCCCGUCAACGGGUUGUGCCAAAACUGUGCUCACUGCGCCUUGCUUCCUCUCCACAGAACGAACACGGAAGAAAAGAACACCAUGUUAUCCAGAUUUAAAGACGCUACAUUUCAUCAGUGAAAAGUGGAGGGAGAGACGGAGGAGAGUGAACUAACAACAUAGGCUAGAAAGGGACUCGGAGAAGAGAGAAUCCCACCGACCAUCUGCGUGAGGCGAGAGAGAGGAGGAGGAGGCCGAAGGGAGAGCAGCAGCAGACUGCGCUUUGGAAUAACCUACGGUUCCCGUUGAUUUGAAAGGAGAAUUUUGAAUUGUAUUUAUUAUUCUGCGAGACGUUUUACUAAAUUCCCACAAAAUGUCAUCUUCUGGCAAAGACAACAGCGCACACUAUAUGAACUAUGUGGGACCUUAUCGUUUGGAAAAGACCCUCGGCAAAGGACAGACAGGCCUGGUGAAGCUGGGAAUCCACUGUGUCACGUGUCAGAAAGUGGCCAUCAAGAUCGUCAACAGGGAGAAACUCAGCGAGUCUGUCCUCAUGAAGGUGGAGCGAGAGAUAGCCAUUCUGAAGCUCAUAGAGCACCCUCACGUUUUAAAGUUGCACGACGUCUACGAAAACAAGAAAUAUUUGUACCUGGUGCUAGAGCACGUGUCAGGGGGAGAGCUGUUUGACUACUUGGUCAAGAAGGGACGGUUAACACCCAAGGAAGCCAGGAAGUUCUUCAGGCAGAUCAUCUCAGCUCUGGACUUCUGCCACAGUCACUCCAUAUGUCACAGAGAUCUGAAGCCAGAGAACCUGUUGUUAGAUGAGAAGAACAACAUCAGGAUAGCAGACUUUGGCAUGGCGUCUCUGCAGGUCGGGGAUAGUCUGUUGGAGACCAGCUGCGGAUCUCCUCACUAUGCCUGCCCAGAGGUCAUAAGGGGGGAGAAGUACGACGGGAGGAAAGCAGACGUGUGGAGCUGCGGGGUCAUCCUCUUUGCACUUUUAGUGGGCGCCCUGCCAUUUGACGAUGACAACCUGAGAAACCUGCUGGAGAAAGUGAAGUUGGGUGUCUUCCACAUGCCCCACUUCAUCCCCCCAGACUGUCAGAACCUCCUUCGGGGCAUGAUCGAGGUGGAUGCCACUAAGAGACUCACGUUGGAGCAGAUCCAGAAGCACAACUGGUACAUAGCUGGGAAGAACGAGCCUGAGCCGGAGCAGCCUGUCCCCAGGAAGGUGGCCAUCAGAACCCUGAGCACUGAAGAGAUAGACCCGGACGUCCUGGAGAGCAUGCACUCUCUGGGUUGCUUCAGAGACAAGGGCAAACUCACCAAAGACCUGCUCUCUGACGAUGAUAACCAGGAGAAGAUGAUCUACUUCCUGCUACUGGACCGGAAGGAGAGGUACCCCAGUCAGGAGGACCAGAACCUCCCCCCGCGCAGUGAGAUUGCUGACCCGCCCAGGAAGCGGGUGGACUCCCCCAUGUUGAACCGCCAUGGGAAGAGGAGGCCGGAGAGGAAGUCUAUGGAGGUGCUAAGCGUCACAGAGGGGGGCUCUCCUGUACCUGUACGACGAGCCAUCGACAUGGCCACACAUGGACAGAGGUCACGGUCUAUCAGCGGAGCGUCCUCCGGUCUCUCCACUAGUCCUCUCAGCAGUCCCAGGCCGGUCCGGCGCUUCUUUAUCCCGCCCCAGUCACCAGACCUCUGUCAGUCUCCCAACUGUAGCCCCACCCAUUCCCCAGAGUUCCGCCUUAACCAUAACGGGGUAGGGGGGGCCAACCGCGUGCACCCACACCCGCUUCCAAACUCCUACACGCCAAAGAUGGGGUCCCCCCUGAUGCACCCCCGCACACAGACCCUCCCCGCCAAGCCCAAAGUGUCUGAGAUGCCCCUUCAGACCACCAGGUCCAACCCCCUUCCCAACUCAGCUGACAGCCCAACCACCCCCAAGUCGGAGCCCACCUCCCCCUCCUCACCCCUGGGCAGCCCCCCCUACGUCCCCAACAGCCCGCGGCCACGCCGCCACCCGCCCCUCACUGUGCCCCCCAAGCUCUCCAUCCCCCUGUCGCCGGCGCCACCCAUGUCCCCCCUCCACCGGCACCGCCUCCACCCUGACCACAACGGUCACAAAUCUGUCCCCACCAUACAGGUGACUCCCCACCCCUCUCCGCGGGGGAGCCCCCUCCCUACCCCCAAGGGCACUCCGGUGCACACGCCAAAGGAGAGCCCGGCGGGCACCCCUAGCCCCACACCGCCCCCCAGCCCCUCCAUCGGCGGGUUGCCCUGGAGGACGCGUCUCAACUCCAUCAAGAAUAGCUUCCUGGGCUCGCCGCGCUUCCAUCGCAGGAAAAUGCAAGUUCCCACCCAGGAGGACAUGUCCAGCCUCACACCAGACUCUUCACCAGAGCUUGCCAAGAAGUCAUGGUUUGGUAACUUCAUCAACCUGGAGAAAGAGGAGCAGAUCUUUGUGGUGAUCAGAGACAAGCCUCUCAGCUCCAUCAAAGCAGACAUCGUUCAAGCCUUCCUCUCUAUCCCCAGUCUGAGCCACAGUGUGAUCAGUCAGACAAGUUUCCGGGCGGAGUAUAAGUCCACAGCCGGCCCUACAGUGUUUCAGAAGCCGGUCAAGUUCCAGGUGGACAUCACCUAUACAGAGAGCACCGCCGCCACCAAAGAGAACGGCAUCUAUUCGGUCACCUUCACCCUGCUCUCAGGUCCCAGCCGCCGUUUCAAGCGUGUGGUUGAGACCAUUCAGGCUCAACUGAUGAGCUCACAUGACCAGCCCGGGGUCCAGCAGAUCUCUGGCAGCCCGUUGAGUAACUUCUUUGACGUAAUUAAACAGCUUUUUUCAGACGAGAAGAACAGCCAGGCGUCGCACAACCCCCCUGGCACACCCGGCACACCUAGCCCCGCCCCCGCCAAGCAUGCCCCCGGCAGCAGGCGAAACGAGCCAUGUCCCCCACCCACUCAGCCCACUGACUCUAAAUGCCCCCCGCUUCUGGGCAAAGACAAACAAACAAAGAUGGCCGCCACCAGCCGGACUGGGGAACAACCUUAAGACCGGAGAGAAGUAGCUAGCUCUCUGUUGCAUGACUAGAUAAUAACCACCUGUUAUCAGGUCAUUCAAAACCCAAUACAAAACCCACAAGAGUGUGUGAGAGAUGACAAAUGAAAUGAGAGAUGCUGCUUUCUUUGCUUUAGUCAGUAGGCUUAGUGUGUUUGUGUCUCGAGAAAAAAUCUACUUUUGAUUAUCACAGAGAGAAACUUUUGUACUGUAUAAUAAUGGAAUGACUACUCUUUGAGUUUAGCAAUCGAUCAUUGAUCAGUAUUUGACGAUAUAAGUACCACAUGUAGCCAUGUUCCUUUUCUGUUCAUCUACCCUCUCGUCCCUUUCCCACGCCGUGGGAUGUGUGUUGGUGUGUAUGUGUCUGCUCUGUGAUGAUGGCUUGACCUUGUCUCUACCACCAGGGAUCAUCACUAAAACCUAUUAGAGAAACAAGAUGGAGGACAGUGUGUGUGUCCCAACCUGGGGCACUUUGUCAACAACGGGAGUAAGUGAGCCAGAGACGGAGGACAAGAGAAAGACUUCACAUACUUCACACUGCUGUCCCCCUUCCUCCCCAUGCACCCCUCCUGCUUUCCAUCCGCACACACACACAUACACUAAACAUUAGAGUACUAGAGAAUCUCUCUUCAUCAUGACCGACACUCAGAGACAGAUUAGCCGAAGAGUUGGAGAAAAGCCUUAAAAAGACUGAUGUUUGUCAAACCUAUACUACACGCAUCCCCUCUCCUCCUUUCUCUCCUCAUUGUCUAUCCUCCUACACACACACAUACACACACACACACACACACACACACACACACACACACACACACACACACACACACACACACACACACACACACACACACACACACACACACACACACACACACUGGGGGGAUGUAAAGACUUGUGCACAAAGACGAAUGGAAGUAGAACCACUGGCUCCUAUGAAAGUUGGAGAGAGGAGGCGCGACUCUUGGACGUUGGAUGGACGUUGGCUGAACGUUGGCUAAACUUUGGCUGGAUUGUAAUUCUUUUUAAUGUAGUCCUUCUUUGUGAACUACAGGAUUUUAACACUUUAGACGUAUUCAGACUCUGUGUCAUUGCUGUAAAUGAAAUGAAAUUGAGUUCAUUGACUUUGGGUGGGCAAUGGGGAGGGAGGGUACACAAAUGAAUGAUCUAUUCUGUUGUACAGACUAACUACAGUAUGUUCCCAUAUGUACAACGUUUGUGUAGUUGUGACAUUAUGUUUAGCUAAGAACUUAUCACACUAUCUUCUGUGUUUUCUACUUUUUGGACGUGUUUUAUCGAUUAAAUGUUGUAUUUUAUUUUCGGUUCCCUUUUGAGGGAUGAAUCAUUUCAGGGGUUUAAUUUUCUUCCAUUUUGUUUUGUUCAUGUUCCUUUGAAAUAUCUGCAGGAUUCAGACAAUAGUGGACAUAAUUAUUUGUGUAUAUUUGUGUACCUUAUUGUAUUUUUUUGUCAUGUUUGUUUUCAUUUAUUUAUUCAUAUAAACGAUGUAGAAAAUGUAUUAGAUAACUUAUAAGGAUUGUUUUUGUCAUGUUUCAUUUAUUGAUCGCUGAUCAUUCUCUAAAUGUUUUUGUGAACAUUCAUUCUUUCAUCGAUGAGAGAGCUUGUAAUAUAUACAUUUGGGAAAUGAUUUACGGUAAUUUAAGAAUGUAGACUAGUCUCUUUGAGAGGAACGAGCCCUCUGUUGCUAAUAAGUGUGCGUUCCUUUCUCGUUGUGUGUGUACGACAUCAGAGACAUCACUCCAGCCACUCGCCUUGUAAAUACAAAACAAUUUGCUGACAAACUUAUUUAAAAAAAACCCAAGGGGACUCCUACACGUAGCUUUUACCUUGUGAUGUCGUUUGCAUGUCCAACAUGUGUCUUUUCUUUGCAUGUAGUUGUUGGAAUUGUUCUGUCCCUUUCCCCCCCUUCUUUCUUUCUCUCUUUCGUUCUUUCUUUCUCUCUUUUGUUCUUUCUUUCUUUCCUGUCUCUUAAUUUGUUUCUCUUAUUUUUCUUUUCUCCCUCACCACUUCGGUUGUUUGUUCGUCUUUGAGUUCUUUCCUCGCACCCUCCCCUCCCCUUCCUUAUACUAUUGUGCACAUUUACCGUGCAAUGCAUCCUCUGCACGCACACGCACACACACACACACACACACACACACACACACACACACACACACACACACACACACACACACACACACAGUCUCUCUCAAAGAGAGACCCGAUACUCUGGUCACGAAUUCUGUCUGGGGUGGGAAUUGGUAUCAGAAGAGAUAAAAUAAAGCAAUACCUAUUAGUGUUAUUCUUUCUAUUUUGUACUAUUGGGUAACCAGGCCACACAGGAUGAUGGACAUACAGUAGAACACAACGCCAGGAGCGCUGGUAUUUAGCAGGAAACCACUGGCAAUGUAUCCCCUUGUGACAUAACUGUGAACAACUUCAGUGCAAAAAGGAAAUAAAUCUGUCGACUUUGGAA